GCAAGCAGCCCGCUAAUGCGAGCCCUCUUCCCCGUCGGAUUACAGCCGAGACAGCACGCAAAGGGACGGUUACUGAGCCAUAAAACGUCGAAUAAAGCCAAUACUUCCUAUCCCAGUUAUCAAAGUACCAAAAUGAGCGGACUGCAGUGCCUCGCCUCGGAGAACAUCUGGUUUGACAAACACCGCUACGAUGAGGCUGAGAAGCACUUCUACGAGGGAGUUAACGGCCCCACGCAUCAGGUGAAAGCGGCCCUGCAGCAGGCCAAAGGGCGCCAACAGAAACGGCAGCACAGAAACUCCUCCUCACAUGCAGGAGGAGACCACGAGCUGGUUUCACGCAUGAAGAGCCUGGAACUGGAGAACCAGGCUCUGCACAAAGUGGUGGCGGAGAUGAGAGCAGCCCUGCAUAAACUGGAGUCCAGAGUGGGUAUGCUGGAAAAGAACCCUGCAUCAGCAGCCGUCCCUUGUGCUAAGGCUGCUCCAGUCCAACAGGUAAACGGUGAUGACGACGACGAUGACAUAGACUUGUUCGGCAGUGAUGAAGAAGAUGAGGAGACAGCACGCCUCAAGCAGGAGCGUGUGGAUGCGUAUGCAGCCAAGAAGGCCAAGAAACCCACCCUGAUCGCCAAGUCAUCCAUCCUGCUGGACGUCAAGCCUUGGGACGACGAGACGGACAUGGCAAAGCUGGAGGAGUGUGUGCGCUCCGUGCAGAUGGACGGGCUCCUGUGGGGAGCAUCCAAACUGGUGCCAGUGGGCUACGGCAUCAAGAAGCUGCAGAUCAACUGCGUCGUUGAGGACGACAAAGUUGGAACUGACAUUCUGGAGGAGGAGAUCACCAAGUUUGAGGACUUUGUCCAGAGUGUAGAUGUUGCUGCCUUCAAUAAGAUCUAAGCUCCACCUCUUCACCUUUCCACCAAAGUGUUGCUGCUGCUCCGGGCUUGCACCGUUAUUAAAAUGCUAGGCUUUGAGCACAAA